AAGCCAAGAAAAGAGACAACUGCUCUAGACGCUAGACGCUAAACAAACAUCGAUCUCACAGCGACCGUGUGAAUGAGGCAACAGAACCCGCCCAAGGAGGAAGCCGGCAUGUACAAACGCCAAUUUUUUCUGCGUCAGACGAGUAAUUUAUAAAUGUGUCGUUUCAAGGAAUCUCGGGAACAUAUCAAUUUCUUCCCACCAUAUUGGUUAUACAAUACUUUUCCUGUUCUCCUCAUCAAUUUUUGCUUGCAAGGGUUUGAAAAGCUAUCUGGCUGCUAAUUUGCUAAAAGUGUUCAGCCAUGGCGGCUUCAGGGAUGAUGAUACAUAACAUUUCAAAACCAAUGCGGAUUCCAGCGACUAAAAGAUUCAGUGCAGAGGCUAAAUUAAGCCUCCUUAAGGCCAAUUUGAGCGGUUUUAGGUUCAAACCGAGGGAUAAUUUAAGCUUACAUAGCCAAUUUGAAGGCCCAUUCAGUAAACGGAGUUUAAGUGUUCGCGCGACAGUCCAAUUAGUAAGCGAAGCUGCGGAAAAGGGUGGCGAGAAGAAGGAGCGGGCGUUAAGAGUAGGGUUGAUUUGCGGUGGUCCGUCUGCUGAGCGGGGCAUUUCGUUGAACUCUGCAAGAUCGGUGCUCGAUCAUAUCCAGGGUGAAGAUUUAUCUGUGAGCUGCUAUUAUAUUGAUUGUGAACUCAAUGCUUAUGCAAUAUCUUCUGCACAGAUGUAUUCAAAUACUCCAGCUGAUUUUGAUUUCAAACUUAGCAGUCUAGCUGAGGGUUUCAAAUCAAUGUCUGAGUUCAUGGAACACCUUACUUCCUCCACAGAUAUUGUAUUUCCACUGAUACAUGGACAGUUUGGUGAAGACGGGAGCAUUCAGGAACUCCUCGAAAAGGCAGGUAUACCCUUUGUUGGCACAGGAUCAAAAGAAUCACGUCGUGCUUUUGACAAGUAUAAUGCAUCAAUGGAGCUUAACAACCACAAGUUUGUAACAAUUCCAAACUUCCUUGCACAGGGAACUGAAGCAGAUAAGAAUGAAUUGUUGAAGUGGUUUACAUCGAAUGGUUUGGAUGUUGGCUCUGGAAAGGUUGUGGUAAAGCCAGCUUGUGCAGGAUCAAGCAUUGGCGUUAAUGUUGCCUUUGGUGUUGAUGAUGCCCUUAGAAAGGCAAAUAAGUUGAUUACAGAGGGUGUAGAUGUAAGAGUCGUAAUUGAAAUUUUCCUUGAAGAAGGGAGGGAAUUUACAGCUAUUGUUCUUGAUCUCGGCUGUGGUUCUGAUUCUUCUCCAGUUACGCUUCUUCCAACUGAGGUUGAAUUACACAUCCAUGAAAGCUCAACUGUGGACGGAAAUGAAGGAAUAUUCAACUAUCGCCGCAAAUAUCUUCCAACUCGACAGGUUACUUAUCACACUCCGCCUCGGUUUUCAGUUGAUGUUAUUGAUCAUAUUCGUAGGGGAGCAGCAAUGCUCUUCCGAUGCUUGGGGCUACGUGAUUUUGCACGUAUUGAUGGUUGGUUCUUGCAAUCUUCAAACUUUAGCUCUUUGAAACUUCAAAGUGGAAAAGAGAAUUUGUUUGGGAAGCUCAAGUCAGGCACUAUCAUUUUCACUGAUAUAAAUCUCAUAAGUGGGAUGGAGCAAACAAGUUUUCUUUUCCAGCAAGCUGCAAAGGUUGGUUUAUCUCAUGCGGGUGUCCUUCAUACAAUUGUUCGAAGAGCAUGCACACGUUUUCCUCAGCUGCAUUCAUAUGUGGAGUCUGCACAUAACUAUGAAAGAUUUAACAGAGUAAGUGAUAUUGGGUUUGAGCAACGUCAGAAAGUAUUUGUUAUAUUUGGUGGAGACACAUCUGAACGUCAGGUGUCCCUUAUGAGUGGGACAAAUGUUUGGCUUAAUUUACGAGCUUGUAAUGAUUUUGAGGUUACGCCAUUCUUGCUUGCCCCCACAAGUGAUUCUUUUCUACAAGCUUGUGAGCCAAAAGACAAUUGCAUUGAGUCUAAAACUGUUUGGGCGCUUCCCUAUUCCUUGGUCUUGAGACAUACAGUAGAAGAGGUAGUUGAAGCAUGCAUAGAAGCCACUGAGGUAAAGAGAGCUGAACUGACAUCUUUCCUCAGAGACAGAGUCAUUUUGGAUCUUAAGAAGCAUAUGAGUUCAAACAGUUGGUUUAGUGGAUGUGAUAUAUCUUCUGACCCUCCUGAAAAACUUACAUUGGAAGAAUGGAUAGCAAGAGCUAAAGAGGUUGAGGCCAUUGUCUUCAUUGCAGUACAUGGUGGUAUUGGUGAGGAUGGAACACUGCAGUCUAUGUUAGAAGCUGCCAAAGUGGCACAUACAGGUCCAGGUGUGGAAGCUUCAAGGAUUUGUAUGGAUAAGGUUUCCACGUCCCUUGCACUUUCCCAUCUAUCUGAUUUGGGGAUAUUGACAAUAAAUAAGGAAGUGCACAACAGAGAAGACUUAUUGGCAAACUCAAAGUCAGAUCUGUGGAUUAAUUUAACCAACAAACUUGACUCUUCAACAUUAUGUGUUAAGCCUGUUGGAGAUGGUUGCUCAACCGGUGUUGCAAGAUUAUGUUGUAAGGACGACUUGGAGAUGUAUGUACAUGCCUUACGGGAAAAGCUCCCUCGCCUACUUCCCAAUACUUUAUCUAAGCCACAUGGGACAAUUGAGAUGCCAAAUCCUCCAGCAGAAAGAUUCAUCUUUGAGCCUUUUAUUGAAACUGAUGAGAUUGUUGUCACACAUAAAGGUGGGGAUUCUACACAAUCUGGUCUUAUAUGGAAGGGUGCUAGUAGAUGGGUUGAAGUGACAGUGGGGGUCAUGGGAAGCAAAGGAAAAAUGCAUUCUUUUAAUCCUAGCAUCACUGUUAAGGAAGAUGGUGAUAUCCUCUCACUAGAAGAGAAGUUCCAAGGUGGAACAGGCAUCAAUCUUACUCCGCCUCCAGUUUCAAUUAUAAGGGAGGACGCACUUCAAGCCUGUAUAAAGAGGAUCGAAAUUUUGGCAAACACUCUAGGCCUGGAAGGAUUUUCUCGUAUCGAUGCCUUUGUUCACGCAGACACUGGAGAAGUAUUGAUAAUAGAGGUGAACACUGUACCUGGAAUGACUCCUUCAACUGUGCUAAUACAUCAGGCACUUACUGAGGACCCACCUAUGUAUCCUCGAGAGUUUUUUAGGAGUGUUACCAAUUUAGGUUUAUUGCGGUUCAAACAAAUAUAAUUAUCCUCGCCAUUUGGGUUUGAAAGAAAGAACUUGGUAUAAGGGAGCCAUGGUGUUCAUCGAUCAGCAAAUAGAGAUGGUACUCUGUGAUAAUAACACGAUGUGGAUUGAUAAAAAAGGGAUGAUUUCUCCAUAACCAACAGAUGAUCACAAAGUCAACUGCAUAAAAAAAGUAGGAAUGCAAUCUGUAUAAAAAAUGUUUACUGCAUUCUUCUUAGUAUGUUCAUGUGAGUAUUGCUAUCGUGCUCAUGUUGAACUCAAACUAUUACACUUGGGCAAAAUGGCUUGCCACAGAUUAAUAAACCCAUGGCUCUUCAAAUUUUUAAAAUGUAAUAGUGUUUCCUCGUGUCAGUUGAAUGUGCUCCAAAUCUCUGUAGAUUUCUCAGUGAAGGAAUACAAACAUUUAUCUGGUUGCUCCUCAAGCACAGCAACUCAAGUAGUGUGGCUUCAUAAAAUACUUCGGCUUGUUUUUUUUUCUCCUAGUCCCUACCUAGGAGGAUAAUUAUUGUGAUCAAUACAAUCAAUUAAUUAAUUUUCUUUUAAAUGUAAUACUUUACAAAAUAUUUUUUAAUAUUUAUAAAAUUAAAAUAUUAUUUA